CUCCGGAUUGUUCGCGCAGUGCUCGGCUCCUCGCUUACCCGCUCUGCAUCAUGUCGGGCAGCCUCCUGAAGACGCUGCGCAGCGACUCCUACGUAGAGCUCAGUCAGUACCGGGACCAACACUUCCGGGGUGACAAUGAAGAACAAGAGAAACUACUGAAGAAAAGCUGCACAUUGUAUGUCGGAAAUCUUUCCUUUUAUACAACUGAAGAACAAAUUUACGAACUUUUCAGCAAAAGUGGUGACAUAAAGAAGAUUAUUGUGGGUCUGGAUAAAAUGAAGAAAACUGCAUGUGGAUUCUGUUUUGUGGAAUACUAUUCAAGAGCAGAUGCAGAAAACGCCAUGCGGUACAUAAAUGGAACACGUCUGGAUGACCGGGUCAUUCGCACAGACUGGGAUGCAGGCUUCAAGGAGGGCAGGCAGUACGGACGUGGGCGGUCUGGGGGCCAGGUUCGAGAUGAGUAUCGGGAGGACUAUGAUGCUGGAAGAGGUGGCUAUGGAAAACUGGCACCAAACCACCCAGGCUGACCUGGAACUCACUCAGUGGCCCUAUGCUGGCUUUGAACUCAGCAAUCCUACCUCAACCUCCAGAGUUCAUGGAUUAAAGGAGUGCACCACCA